GGGAGGAGGAGAGGAGGGGUGGGGGGAAAUUUCCGCUUCCUGCACCGAUAAACAUUUUACGACUGAAGUUGUGGAGUAAACUGGGGGGCUUUUUUCAGCGCGAGCUCACGGCGUGAAAUGACGUCGAGGCUGCAAUGUUGUCACUAAUAUAGCGAGGCGAUUAGCUCCACACCGGAUCAACUUUGGCUGCCCGACGUCUUUUUUGCGCAUUUGCAGCUAGGGCUAUGCGUUUGGGAAUUGUUACUAGGCAAACGUGAAGAGUGGGAACCAGACAAAAAACGGGCAGUCACACCACGGAUAUACCCCCAUAUCGUUUCGUUUGAACCCUUUUUUGUGUACUUGGUUAAGAACAAGCCUCCAGGAUGUCGGAGCGCGGAGGGCUCCCGCGGACUGGGGGUGUCCCCUCGCCGCACAUGCAGCCCUCCAAACCGGUUACGAUCGCGUCGAAUCGCCCGGUGCACAUGAACCUCUACGCCACCUGGGAAGUUGACCGAUCCUCGCCCAGUUGUGUGCCGAGAACCUCAUACGAACCAACACACUGGGUUCCCAGAAGCGCUGUAGUGUCUGCUCCCUCACAGCAAAUCCAUACAUGUCUCCAAUAUAAUCACCAAGCCGGCCCCACCCACCGCGGAGCCGUUUUGGACGUGGAGCGACGAUGGAGUGAUGGAGAGGGGAAGCACCGCUAUCCGUGGCUCUUCAACCUGACUCUGAAGAAGCUGAUCAUGCUGAAGGAGCUGGACAAGGACUUGACCUCCGUGGUCAUCGCGGUCAAACUGCAGGGCUCCAAGCGUAUCCUGCGCUCCAAUGAGAUCCUCUUGUCUGCUGCGGGCCUGACCGAGACAGACCUGCAGCUCACCUUCUCUCUGCAGUACCCCCACUUCCUGAAGAGGGACGCCAACAAACUGCAGAUCAUGCUGCAGAGACGGAAACGCUACAAGAACCGCACCAUCCUGGGGUACAAAACCCUGGCUCUGGGGCUCAUCAACAUGGCCGAGGUGAUGCAGCACCCCAGUGAGGGAGCCCAGGUGCUGGGGCUGCACAGCCAGCUGAAGGACACCUCGGUGCCUGUGGCCGAGGUCCGGGUGUACUCCCUGUCCAGCCAGCCCAUCAACCAGGAGGGGCCCAAGGCCAAGAUGUCCGACCGUUCCCCAGACAUUGACAAUUACUCGGAGGAAGAGGAGGAGAGCUACUCUUCGGAACAGGAGGGCAGCGACGACCCUGUACAUGGGCAGUAUCUGUUUGACGAAGAGGACGAGGUGAGGAAGAAGAAGCUGCGACGGAAGCCCCCCUCCAACACGGCCAUCGCCCGGCAACCCAACAUCAAGCAGAAGUUUGUUGCCCUACUGAAGAGGUUCAAAGUGACCGAUGAGGUGGGCUUUGGCCUGGAGCACGUGUCCCGGGAGCAGAUCCAGGAGGUGGAGGAGGACCUGGACGAGCUAUAUGACAGCCUGGAGAUGUACAACCCCAGCGACAGCGGGCCAGAGAUGGACGAGACCGACAGCAUCCUAAGCACGCCCAAGCCCAAGCUGAGGCCGUUCUUCGAGGGGAUGUCCCAGUCGAGCUCCCAGACGGAGAUCGGCAGCCUGAACAGCAAGGGCAGCCUGGGGCGGGACGGCACCUUCAGCCCGCAGGGGGAGCCAGUGCCCAUGGAGAAGAUGAAGCCCUCCCGCAGCCGCAACCUGGACGAGGCCCAGGCCGAGAGCAACACACUGGAGCUGAGCGACCAGGAAAUGGUAGCCGAGGUGGGCCCCUCCAUUACGGUGUCCGUGGCGGAGAAACCCCGUACGCCCAUGAAGAUCAGCAAGAACGAGAACCAGCCCAUGUCAUCCCCAAGGCUGGAUGGAAGCCACACCCCCAGGCAGAAGCGCGGGGCCACGCCCAUGAAGGAGAGGCAGCUGUCCAAGCCGCUCAGCGAGAGGACCAACAGCACAGACUCUGAGAGGUCCCCCGAGCUUGGGCAGACCGCGCCGGUUCUGAGGAAGGCGGUGUACGACCAGCUGAACCAGAUCCUGUCCUCGGACUCGGCCCUCCCAGAAACACUGAUCCUGGUCAACGGGACGGACUGGCAGGGACAGUACGUGGCCGAGCAGCUCCAGAUCGGCAGGCAGCCGGUGGUCUGCACGUGUUCGGCGGCAGAGAUCCAGGCGGUCCUCUCCGCGCUGCUCACGCGCAUCCAGAAGUUUUGUAACUGUAACUCGUCCAUGCCGCGGGCGGUAAAGGUGGCGGCGGUGGGCAGCCAGAGUUACCUGGGCGCCAUCCUGCAGUUCUUUGUCACCCAGCUGGCCAACAAGACGUCCGAUUGGCUCAGCCACAUGAAGUUCCUGGUGGUGCCGCUGGGUUCCCACCCCGUCGCCAAGCACCUGGGCGCCCUCGACAACCGCUACAACGCGGCCUUCCUGGACACGGCGUGGCGGGAGAUGUUCAACCGAUCUGAGCCCCCUCCUCCCUCAGACCAGCUGGACGUCGCGGGGAGGAUUGCCCAGUACGUGGGUGGAGCCACGGUGACUCACCAGCUUCCUAUCGCGGAGGCCAUGCUCACCUGCAAACACAGGACGCGUGAUGAGGACUCGUACCAGAAGUUUAUUCCUUUCAUCGGGGUGGUGAAAGUGGGCCUCAUCGAGUCCGGCCCCUCUCCGAUAGGCGACGCUGAGGAGGGCGUGGCCGUGAGCCUGGCCGUCCCCUCCACCUCCCCCCCCACCAACACCUCCCCCUCCGGGGCCAUCAAGGAGGCGGCAACUCCCCCCUCCUCCCCCUCCAUGGGGUCCGUGCUGACGGUGCAGGGAAGCCCCAGCAUGUCCCACGGCGUGGAUGCCAUCGGGCUGCAGGUGGACUACUGGCUGGCCUCGCUGGCGGAGAAGCGGCGGGAGGGGGAGCGGCGCGACACGGGCUGCAAGAACACCCUGAAGAGCGCCUUCCGAGCCCUGCAGGUCAGCCGGCUGCCAGGAGGGGGCGGCGUGGAGCCGCAGGCGCACGUCAGCACCAUGGCCAUGACGGUGGUCACCAAGGAGAAGAACAAGAAAGUGCCUACCAUCUUCCUGGGGAAGAAGCCCAAGGAGAAGGACCUGGACUCCAAGAGCCAGAUGAUCGAGGGCAUCAGCCGGCUCAUCUGUUCCGCCAAGCAGCAGCAGACCAUCCUGAAAGUAUCCAUCGACGGCGUGGAGUGGAACGACGUCAAGUUCUUCCAGCUGGCCGCACAGUGGCCCACCCACGUCAAGUACAUCCCCGUCGGACUCUAUGGCUACAGCAAGCCCCCCUCCUAGGAGUCUGCGUCCAUCAUGACCUCGGCCCCAACCCCCCCUCAACCCGGACCCAGCCCGACUCGACCUCAUGACCUCCUCCUCUCUCCCCCCCCCCCCCCCCCUCCGUGGCUGCGCAUGCGGAAGCCUAACCCUUCAACCCCGCCAAGGCCCUUGAGCAAUGCAACGUCAUUCAGACGCAGGUCUCGUUCGUUGGGUUUGUUGUCGUUUUUUGUGUGCGUUUGUUUCUUCUACUGUUUGCUCAUUUUUUCUCCAAGACGCACAGAAGGGAGAGAUAGGGAGUGUGUUUUUUUGGGGGGGUGCAUUGCUACUACUAGUCACUUUAUUACGUGUGUGCAUGCGUGUGUGUGUGAGUGUGCGAGUUUAUGUGUGUGUGCGUGAGUGUGUGGCCAUGUACACGUGAAUGUUAAUUGACAAAUGAAUGUGUGCGUGUGUAUGUGUUCAUUAGGGGCUUACAUAUUGGCACAGCUUUCCUUCUAUACCUGCUCAUUAGCUACUGAUCCAUGACACCCCCAAAAGCAUGAAGACUACAAACUAUUGUACUCUUAACCCACCCCUGAUACCGCUGUUCCUAAAUCACUUAACCAUUGACCCUGACCUUGAUGGUUUCAAACCUAUAAAACUGCCCCGAAACCAGAAGACCGAAACUCAAACCAUGCAUGUUUAGACAUCCCGUCUAUGCCACUUGUGUGCCGGAAAAACAACAUCAAUAUGAAAAACAGGGCUACCGCUUUAGCAUGCGACGGAUAGCUUACAAAAAACGUUUACCAAUGAAGGCUGGUAGCAUGCGAUGCUGACGUCUGACCGUGUUUCAUACAGAUGCGCCCAUCAGUUUGCUUAGAAUUGAAGGGCUUCCGUUGUUGCAAAAAGCAUUUCUGAUGCCUUAUUGCGUCUAGGUCUCUAUGAUCAUGCAUAAUGUACCUUGGGAACCAGCCCCUCCCCUUUAAUCCUGCGUCGGGGCGUGUCAUCCUAAACGAGCACACUGGAAAGAACUCUGGUGCCAAGUUGCACUUCAUUGUCUUAUUUUCUAUGCACUUUUUUUUCUCAAUAACAAACCGGCAUGUAGUCCCUACCUACUCUCCUGUUGCGCUUAAUUGAGCUCAUCCGGGGGUUUGCUCCCGCCCAACUGCAGCUAAUCCUGAGAAAAUACCAAGGGAAACAUUAGGAUUUGGUUCAAAGACCAAAAUUGUUAACCAGUGAUUUCGACCAGAAUCUACUGAAACAGAAGGACGCUAACUCCAUUACUAGCUUGUCCCCCCCCCCUCCCCCUCCUCCGCCAUUGAGAACUGCCUUGAUUGUGUGUAUCUGUGGAUGCCCUCAACCCCUCCAUAUAUUAAAGCACAAUGUAAUCAGUCUGCUGGCCCUCCCCUCCCCUCCCCUCCCCAAAGGAGCUGCAACAGCCAGUUCAACUCUUUUUAAUAGUGAAUCGUCGUGGUCUCGGGUCAUAAUCUGAUCUUCAUGUUUUACUGUGAAAAUGUACCAGUGAUGCAAACUAUCCGCCAUUGCGUAAUUUCAUAGGAUCCAUCCUGUCUGAAAAAAACGAACAUACAUUUAAGACCGAUUUUAUUUAUUGUGCUUUUGACCCAAAUCCACAAUACGUAAUGUAGAUUGUUAUAUGGUGAUCUGUGUGUGUGUGUGUGUGUGUGUGUGUGUGUGUGUGUGUGUGUGUGUGUGUGUGUGUGUGUGUGUGUGUGUGUGUGUGUGUGUGUGUGUGUGUGUGUGUGUGUUCGGUAAAUUGAAAUCCAAAAUAAGAAAAAUACUUUCUUUUUUUACCAUGGGCCAAUUUUUACCAGUGUGUCAACGUGGUCGUUAAUAUUACAAUGUCGUCUAUAUUAGAUUAGGCCUGCGACGUCGACAAUGGUGCACCAAUGUUUACUCUGGCCUGGCACCGGGCCAAUUCAUUGAACCCCAAUGAGCUGUACGUUCAACUGAAAUCUUGAGGAACAGUCAACUUUAAUAAUCAAGUAACCUGAUCACACUGAACCCAAAUGACAACAGCUUCAUCUUUAGAAAAUGUGGCUUCGGUGCAAAAUAGAAGUUGGUUUUUCUGUGUGAGAGUUAUGAUUAUUAUUAUUAUUGUUGGUGUUUUAAAAAAAGAGCAGGAACUUUCCAGACUAGGAUAGCUCUGGUUUGUGUAUUUGCAUAGCAACACUCCUCGUCAGAGUAGGUAUUAAGGACACAAGUUUUAAUAGUAUUAAUGCAAUUGCCUUGAUUGUUACAGGUUUGUUUGUUCAUUCGUUUUCGAAUUGGACAUUUUUAUUUUCCUCUUAUGUCAACGUAACAGUGUUAGUUAUUUUAACUCGAAUACCAUAUGUCUGCCCGGUUUUUACUUUGGCCAUUUCUCUAUUCAUCGUAUCCUUAUAUACUAUUGGGAUGUUUAAAGCCUCUUCUGGCUAAAGGUGAAAGCAUUUCUUUCGACUAUUUAAAUUUCAUUUUAUAGUUAAAAUGGGUGUAAACAAUGUUGCUUGAUAAAAUAAGUUAUUUAGAAAGCUGCAGCAUUCUGUUAUUGUUCUGGGAGCAUGCUCUGUAUCUGCAAUGUUUUCGGUAAAACUGGGCGGUCUCAAGUUUACGAACCAUUUGUGAACUUGAAAUCAUCACGCUACCCUCCUGUGAUCGAUGGAGAGGGAGGGGUCUGCGCAACACCGCGCAGCGCAAUCGGGAAGAUUUGAUAAACAUUCAGCAUCAUUAAAAGAAUAUCGACUUGCACCAUGUAGGGUUUUAAAACUAAUUGAUGGUAUAUCUGUACUUAUAGGUGUAAGCAUUACUUUUUCUGAAACAAAAUGCUCUCUGCUAGUUGUUAACCUCAUUAUUGUCCAGAUGUGAUUCUAAUGUGGUUCAAUGUGGUUCCAAAUCAAUCUGGCUGGAGACAGCCGAUGGAUGUGGAGAUGUGUCUCAUACACCUCACCAUGCCAAGUUUAUACAUGAUAUUAUGUCACCCAAGAUGACUAAGGGUUAUGUGUGUGUGACGUACAUGAUUUGUGAGCGUUUUAAGGGGGUGAAUACUCGCAAAAUCAACCGCCUGAAGUUACUGGUGUUCACCGGGUCAAUGUUAGGAGAGACCAGAUCAUUCCCCACCUUUGUCCCAACCCUUCAUAUAUUCGGAGUCUCUCUUUUAAACUUACGAUGCAUUUUUUUAUUUUUCCAUUACCGAACUUUAGGAUCCACUGGCUGUAUGUGUGUUUGGGUGUGCGUGUGGAAAUCUCACGUUAGUUCCUGUGUGUUGACGUGUGCGCCGUUUACCUCUACCCGUGUAACCUGUGUUGACUCCGUGUUCGUGAAAUGAAACCGUGACGUCGGUCGUUGCCUCGCUUUUCCGAUGUCCGUACUACUCGUUGCUUAGGUUUAGAAGUGUAUGUUCAAGCCGAUUUGAUCUAACAGUGGCCUUUUCUCUCUCUCUCUCUCCACUGUCCUCGGAUACGUUGUCACUCACACACUCACACGGUGACACACACACUUAUACACUUUCUUCCAAAGUCUUCUCCCAGGAUUCCACAAGCUUAGCCUUCUCCACAUAUUUUUUAAAAGCCCUCUUUAUCUUUCCUUAACACACACACACACACACACACACACACACACACACACACACACACACACACACACACACACACACACACACACUACUAUAAUAACACACAUAAUUCUAUACAUUUCAAGGAAAGAAAUGCAUAGCAGUUGUCUGUGUAUCCAACUGUGUAGGUGGAGUGCAUUUAAACAAUUCUAAGCUUGUGGAAUUGGAAAGUAUUUUGCACACGUCAUUGUUUUCCUCUGUCUUCAGCAUUUUGCCUUCAAUGACUAAGUAAUAAUAAUAAUAAACUGUAAUGCCUGUACAUAUCUGAAUAGUUCUUGUUAUAUUAUAAUCUAGUUGGUUUUCUUCAUGUGUUUUGUAGUACGGCUUUUUCAUGAUUUAAGUUGUCAAUCAAACAUGUGGAAUGAAAGGUGGAAUUAUUAAUUGUUUUGUUUGUUUUUUAAUAAAAAACAAAGAUCAUCAUU